GGCAGGCAGGGUGAUCUCCCGCGGCUGUGACUUCGCCUCGACCUGCCACAACUCAAAAUCACUCACGUCCGCGGACCGACCGCCAAUUAAAGCCUCUGAACAUGUCCCUACGCUCACGUCUCCAAUCCACUCUAUCCCCCUCAACACCAGACAACUACGACGAAAUGUCCUCCCUCCUCCCUCCAAACGUCAGUAACACGUCACGGAAGAAGAUCUUGGCAUCAUACUUCUUUGAUUACGCCUUGCUCGUGUUCUUCCUCGUGGUCUUUACGACUAUCGACGCAAUCCAACCGCACCACCAACAAUUCACCCUCACGAACGAAUCACUCUGGCACCGCUUUGCCGAACACGAAACAGUCCCCGUAUGGCUCCUCAUCGUCGUCUCGGUCAUCGCGCCGGGUGCUAUCAUCGUCAUCUGGUCCCUCCUCUUCGAGCGAAAAGAACGGAAGUUGUGGGAAGCGCAUUGCGGAUGCUUGGGGCUUGCGUUGAGUUUUGCGGGUGCGGUCACCAUCACUGCUUGUCUCAAGAACGCCGUGGGGAGACCUCGACCGGACUUUUUGGCACGGUGUCAACCCGACACCUCCAAACAGACACCGGAUAACGUCUACUCCAUGUACGACGCCACUAUUUGCACCGUCGACCUCGGAUCCCGCAUCAUGCGCGAAGCCUUCCGUUCCUUCCCCUCCGGCCAUUCCUCCACCGCCUUCGCAGGCCUAACCUACCUCUCCUUCUGGGUCGGCGGCAAAACAAACGUCCUCGACACCAGGGGUAACGUGUGGAAAUGUGCGGUGGUACUUAUCCCGACGUUGGCUGCGGGGCUGGUUGCGGCGAGUAGGAUUAUGGAUCAGAGGCAUCAUGGGUUUGAUGUUUUGUUUGGGGGUUUGAUUGGGUGGGGGACGGCGUGGGCGGCGUAUAGGCAGUAUUAUCCUGCGUUGACGGCGAAGGACGUUGUGAAGAAUGAAGCCGCCCGCCAGGGACGUCUUCCUCAGGGUGCCAGCACGGGAUCUACUACCUCUGUGAGGGUUGGUGAGGCGUAUCCUGUCAGGACUUGGGGAACUCCGCAACGUGGGGAUUUGGAGAACCAGGAGGAGCAGGAGGGACUGGGUGGUUACGAGAUGGACAGGGAGGAAAGUAUUGGCUACAUGGCUGUUGGUAGGGGAGGAGGUGUCCACGGUGGACAGGGCCUUGCUGCUCCGAGUGCGGCGUAUGCUGGGUAUGCCGCUGGUCCGGCUCAGUAUGAUGCCUCGACCAGGAGCAAGAGUCCGGUUCAUUAAGUUGUGGGAUACAGUGCAUAGGCAUGCGAGUGUACGAUACCCCUCAUAGGAAAUGAACAGUCAGAAUAUCAGUCAGGUUGACCAAUUGCCCAUUAACCUACAUAUCCUAAAAUGACGAACAACACCUAAAGCAAACGCAAAAGACAAAGCAAAAAAGUUGG